AUGAAAAAUCACAUGUUUAACGAUGUGAUCUGGCCUAACUUGUCUGAUGAAGAUGGAGGUGCUGGUCUCCUCACUUAUCAACGCCUGGUGGAGGGUGGAAACCCAAGAUUCGGAAGUGGGGAGGCGAGAGGUUACGUUCGCGCCUGUAACGGGCUCCUGACCAAAUGUCUGAGCAUCAGUCAUGGGCGAUGCAAGCAACGUUUCCACCCAGAGAGCGCAGCUCACCAUCGUGUCGGGAGUGCCGUCUUUGGUGAUCAAUUGAUGCUGCCCUCUCGUGCUAUAUCUGUGGACCAUACGGAUGGAAGCUUCUACUCACCUGCCCGGUCCCCUCGUAUUCUCCCUAACAAUCCAAAGGAGCCUAUCAUGGCCGCAGUCGAAAGCUCUGCCUUUUUCAUACGCGACCACCGCACAGGGCACGAAAUCAUCGUCUUUGGAGACGUCGAACCAGACUCAGUAGCCCAAGAACCCCAGAACAAACGCGUCUGGGAGACAGCCGCCCCAAAAAUUGCUUCCGGGAAUCUUCGUGCCAUUUUCAUUGAAUGCUCCUAUACAGACGCCGUCAACGACGCAUACUUAUACGGCCACAUGUGUCCACGCCACCUGACCGCAGAGCUCAAGGUUCUCGCGAAUCAAGUCAUGGACAUCCGCGAUGCAGGCAAUGCCGAUCUGAAACGGAAACGAGAAAGCACCGGUCCGUCGGGUCUCGGCCGGGACGUGAGCCCACGAACAAAACGGGUCCAGAGUAUCGCUGGCCAGAGAGGUCGGCGGUUCGAUGGAACCUCCGAGCCGAGGACACGCUCUCAUCUGCGUGACUCUGUUGACUAUAGUUCCGAGGAUCCCACGGGCUUAGGUGCCUUUGAGAGUCUAGAUCCUCUUACCGAGUUUGAGGCCCCUGAUCCAGUCCGCUGGUUUGAGGCAGAUCCCCUUCCUCUGGCUGGGCUCUCUGUGUAUAUCAUCCACAUUAAAGAGAACAUGACAGAUGGUCCGCCUAUUAGAGAUCAAAUCCUAGAAGAGCUUCAAGCACAUGGCAAGGAGGCUCAUCUGGGUUGUGAGUUCUUUAUGCCGGAUCUCACUGAGGGGAUCUGGAUCUGA